AUGCCAUCGCCGUUCCCUCCCACCUCCUCUCAUCCCGGUCAAGGCAGCAUUCAUCUGACCCUCCUCCCACCAUCCACGCCCGCCUUCUCCACCCUCACCUACACCUAUCCCCUAAAACUCCUCCCGUCGCGCCCCCACAGACUCCCAGCCCCUGGGCCCCCGCGUCCGCCAGGUCCAGAUGCGUCGCACUCGCCCGCCAGCGUCCCGCUCCUCUUCCUCCUCACCUACGGCGGCGGCCUCGUGGCCGGCGACCGCAUCGAUCUCUCCGUCCGUCUCGACCCGGGCACGCGCCUGACCCUUACGACCCAGGGUAGCACGAAGAUCUUCAAGCCUUCCACGGGGCCUCCGCCGACCACGCGCCAGGAUCUCGGCGUCCGUGUGUCCAGUCAUGCGGCGCUGUGGAUAGCUCCCGACCCCGUCCAGCCCUUCGCCGGUAGUCUCUACGCGCAGAAACAGAUCUUUCACGUUGAGAGUGGAGGUAGUGUAGGCUUCGUCGACUGGGUGAACGAGGGUCGGAAGGCGAGGGGCGAGAGCUGGGCGUUUGAAGGAUGGAGGGGUAGGAACGAGAUAUGGGAGAUCUAUGGCGAGGGGUUGCAGAAGAAGAGGAUGCUUGUAAGGGAUGCCGUUGUGCUUGAUGGGAAAGGUAUACAAGGUAGGAUGGAUGCCAUGGGAGUAUUCGGCACUGUGCUGCUACGAGGCCCACUCUUCAGAGCCCUUGCGGACUUUUUUGUGGAAGAGUUUCAGGCACUGCCGAGGAUUGGUGGGAGGGAUUGGGCUAGUACGAAUGAUGCCGUACAGGAGCUUACGGCCAAGGAAGAGUGGAGAAAGAAGAGAUUGCUGAGGGAGAAAGAGGACGGUGUGCUAUGGACGGCCUGCCAUGUGAGGGGCUGCACUGUUGUCAAAUUUGCGGCUAAGGAAGUCGAAGGGGCAAAACAAUGGCUGGGGAGCAUGCUGAGGGAAGAGGGUAGUGUGGGUCAAGAGUUUGGCGAUGGGGGUCUGAUGUUCGUGCGGUGA